AUGGGCAAAGUUGUGUUUGAUUUUCUUUCAUCAACGUGGGAAGGAGAAGAUAUGCAUGCUCGAUAUGAAUCAACAUCAACAGAUAAGAAGAUCAGAUUAUUUGGGUUCGAGCUUGAUCCUCAAACCAAUGGCUCGCUGCUAAGCGAAGCAGGGUUGGGUGAAAAGGAUGGAAGAAUGCAUUCACCAUCCACCACUAUCUCCUCAGAGAAAGAGAAGUCUUCCAUGGUGGAUCUGAAGGAAACGAAGAAGAAGUUCAAGUGUCAGUAUUGUUUCAAAGGGUUUAUGAACUCACAAGCCUUGGGUGGUCACCAGAAUGCGCAUAAAAGAGAACGUAUGAAGAAGAAAAGGCUGAUGUUAGAAGCUAGAAAAGCGAGUAUCGGUUAUUACCUCCAAUCAUAUGUCCAAAAUAUAAAUAAUCAUGGAAUUGACAUCAGUUUUCAUGGUUAUAAUGAUUGUGAGUUUGAUCAUCAUGAACCAAAGUUUAGUUUUGGUUCAUACGAUGAUGAUCUACAGUCAUUUAAGCAUGUACAUAAGUCAAGAAGGACGAUCGUUUCUUCAUUAUCCAAUGUGGGCUCGAAGCAGACCUGUAAAGAUUUGGAUCUUGAGUUGGCUUUAAGCUCAUGCUUCACCAUAUAUGAGACAGCCAAAGCAAGGAAGCCUCCAACCAUCACGGCCGACGGAGAACUCAUGAUGGUUCCUGACGGUGUAGGAGCAGGCGCCAUGUACAUUCCGGGCAUGUCCGGAUCCAUGGCGGCGGCUGCCGCCACCAUUGCAGCAAAGCAGACAGCAAACACGGUGGCCGGAGAUCCAAAAGCCAUUGUUAAUGUGAUGGUGAUUUUGAUGAAGAUUGUGGGUUUUGAUUGA